AUGGGCUUCUUUCCGUUUUCACGAUACCAAAGUUACACUAGCCCCAAAAGCCCUCUCUCCAAAUACGCACGCACAUUCUCAUCCUCGGUCCCUUCAAAUCUCAAAGACUUAUUCUCCGAACAAUCCACUGCCACCACUUCCGCUGUCGCUGAACCCAACAACUGUGAAGAUGAUAUCCACCAUCAAAAGGCCAAACCCACUAAAAGCAAGAAAGCCCGAAAAAUGGCCCUGCUCAUCAAUACAAAGCCCUGGUCAGUACAGCUUGAAUCCUCCCUUUCCACCCACACUCCCCUCUCCGAGACAAGCUUCCUUCAAACCCUCCGCCUCAUCAAGGCCCCUGCCAACACCCUCCACUUCUUCAACUGGUCUCGUAACACGGGUUUCACCCCCAGCGAGCAUUCCUACUUCCUCAUGCUCGAAAUUCUUGGUCGGGCCCGAAACCUGAAUUCAGCUCGAAACUUCCUCCUGUCUAUUCCAACAAAAUCCAACAAUACUAUACCACUCACUGACAAGUUUUUCAACAGCUUGAUUCGGAGCUAUGGUAGUGCCGGGCUUUUCAUGGAAUCAAUAAAGGUGUUCAAAACCAUGAAAUCAAUGGGUAUUUCGCCUUCUACGUUUACAUUUAAUAAUUUGUUUUUUAUUUUGCUCAAAAGAGGUCGGACGGGAAUGGUUUUCGAGUUCUAUGAUGAAAUGCUUAGGACUUUUGGUGCAAAGCCCGAUUUAUACACGUUUAAUAUAUUGAUAAGAGGGUUUUGUAUGAACUCGAGGAUGGAUGAUGCAUUUAGGUUCUUUAAAGAAAUGGAGCUGUUUAAUUGCAAACCAGAUUUGAUAACCUAUAACACGAUUGUUGAAGGGUUGUGUAGAGCAGGGAAAGUGACAACUGCACACAAUGUGGUAAAGGGUAUGUGUCUAAAGGGGGAAAAUUUGAAGCCGAAUGUUGUUACUUACACCACUUUGGUUAGAGGGUAUUGUAAGAACCAAGAGAUUGACAUAAUGUUAGAUGUUUUGAGGGAGAUGGUUGAUAGCGAGAUUAAGCCGAAUGAGAUCACUUAUAAUACAAUUAUAAAUGGGCUUUGCGAAGCCCAAAUGUUCGAUAAGAUAAAAGAUCUUUUAGAAGGGUGGCUUGGGGGAUUUGUGCCUGAUACAUGCACUUUUAACAUGGUGAUGAAUGCUCAUUGCAAAGUGGGUGAUUUGAGUGAGGCAUUUAAAGUUUUUGAGAAAAUGAAGGAGCUGAAGGUCCAACAAGAUUCAGCCUCGUACAGUGUGCUGAUCCGGGGUUUGUGCCAGAAGUUGGAUUUUGGGAGGGCCGCCGAGUUGCUUGAUGAGUUAUUGGCGAAGGAGAUUCUGUUAUGUGAUGAUGGGUGCACUCCCCUUGUUGCAGCAUACAAUCCCAUUUUUGAAUAUCUUUGUCGAAAUGGGAAAACGAAGAAAGCAGAGCAAGUUCUCAGGCAGCUAAUGCGUAGAGGAAUACAGGAUCCUUCGGCAUAUAGAACCUUGAUCUUGGGGCAUUGCAAGGAAGGAACCUCUGUAGCUGGGCACAAGCUCUUGGUCUUAAUGUUGAGAAGAAAUUUGGUGCCUGAUCUUGAGACUUACAACUCCCUGAUUGAAGCUCUGUUGAUAAAUGGUGAGCCAAAUCUUGCCCAUGAUACUUUAAAAAAGAUGUUGGUAAGCUCCUAUCUUCCUAGAUCAUCUACUUUCCAUCGUAUUCUCACGGAACUUGUCAAGCAGGGUUCUGCUCUUGAAUCUGCUAGCUUAGUGAUGUUAAUGUUAGAGAAAGAGAUCAGACAAAACAUCGAUCUCUCAACAGACACCGUUAAGCUUCUCUUCAAGUGUGGCUUACGGGAUAAGGCAUUUGAGGUUUCUAGAAGUCUUUAUGAGAGUGGUUAUGUCUUGAGCAUGGAAGAAUUAAUUUCAUUCCUUUGUGAUGGAGGAAAGUUGAUGGAGGCACAUGAAUUGCUUGGUUUUAGUCUAAAAAAUAAUCAUAACAUUGACGAGGCUAUAUAUAGUCAAGUUUUGACGAGUCUUUGUAAAGCCCAGAGGGCAUCUGAAGCAUUCGACCUUUACUACAAGAUGUUAGAGAAGGGAAUUCAACAACCUUUGGGCUGCAAAGAAGACUUGAGAAGUACUCUUGAGGCUGAAGGGAAAUUGAAGGAAGCUGAAUUUGUUACUAAGAGGAUGCCAAGUCCAUUGCAGUUGGAUGGAUCUGUUGAUCAAGAAUCUUGUAGAUGUACUAAUCAUCUACAAGAAAACGCACGCAUGUAUUUGAGUGGCGUCAAGAUUUCAAUAACCCAAUUUCAGAAACAUGCUCCAAGCUCAAUCUCCUUCUUUUCAAGUCUUCUCUCCAACCUAUUGCUUUUUCAUUAUUCGGCCUUCUCGCCAUUGAGAGCAGUAGCCAGAGACGGCAGUACAUACCCUGUUCUUCUCUUUAGCUCCAUUUUGCUCAAUGUUACCUGUUUCAUUCUCUUCUCUCAAGAAAUCUGGACAUAUGCUGUUCUUCUCUUGGGCUCCAUUUUACUCGAUGUUUCCUGUAGUGGUGAUGAUGGCAUCGUUGCUGCAAUAGUUAGAGGUGAUUUUAGGCAGCAACGGUUUGGUUCGAAGAAGUGGCGAUGGAAGGAUGUGUUAUCGAAGAAUGAGGAGGUGUCGACGACAAUUGGUGGUUACUAUGGGCGGAGGUGGAGAACGGUGGUGAAAGGUGAGAGAUUGCAAAAGAUGUCAAUUGCGUGA